AUGUCUGUGAAAAUGACGAUGUACGAUAUCUUCCUGAAAUUUGGCUAUGCAAUCCGCAUUCGCUCCCAGCAAAUAGAUGCCUCAGAUGGCGCUCGGAAGGAGCACUAUUUAGUAUUUGAGCCACACUUUUCAGUUGAUCAUGCUCCCGAGAAGACUGUGUUUUCCGGUGACAUCGACAUGCAGGAUAGUCGGCAUGACAAUGCGCUAAUGUAUCUUAAAGUCAUGCCCCGCGUACUCACUCGCAUGGAUAACCUUCAAUCUCUAACUCUCCCUUCGUUUGAUAUCCACGUUGUGCACCAUCACUCUGUCUUUGGUCUCCACCAUAUCAAAUUUCGCGACGCACAUCUCUCCGGGCAGACCGAGGCUGAACUAUUCACCUGGAUAGUUGGACAAACCGACAUUGUCUCCUUGCCUUCCCGCUACCAUAAUGUGUGCAUGACUUCUUCUCUCAGUACCUACGACGCCCAGAUGGCUAUCUUUAUUUCCCAUGCCAUCUCUGCGGCCGUUCCAGCCCACUCCUACGCUGGCUCAAAAUUCGUCCACACAUAG